GAACUUUCAGAACCUUGCAUUAUGUAUCAGUAAAAUAAAAUCCCAUCUAUCACAGCAGCAAUGACUGUAGUGUCAUCGGAUUUUCGUCAAUGAUAUCAGAAUAUUUUUUUUGCAGCGUUCUAAUGAUCGCUGAUGGCUUUACCUAAACUGCUAGAGGUCGAGUGCUUAUUAUGUAAAGAAAUAAUUCAGUGUCAACAGAACGAUACCAGUACCUUAGUAGAUCAUGUUAAUUUAAAACAUCCAGACAUCAAAAUCGCCAAUUUACCCAAAGAGUUAAAACCCAAAUCAGACGUACCGUCUCGUCCAAAAACCAGAAAAUCUCUCAAGAAAACGAUGGAGGAGAAUCAAUUGCUUUAUGAUAUGGAUGGGAAUGUCGUUCCAAAGUACACAGAAAAUGGAAUGUCGAAAAAACGAAGAUCGUCUAAGAACGACACCAAAAGGAGACGCUUUUAUAAAACGUCGGUUGAGACUUGGAAACCUGGCAGAGACAAAAUUUUAUGUCCCAAGUGUGAUGCAAUUGUACGACCCAUAAUACGCAGAUCCGCUGAUAGAGUUUCGCACAGUUCAGUAGGAGCUGCCCUUAUUAUGACGUGUUGGCCAUUUUGUUUCUUUCCAUUUUUAUUCCCUGCACCGGUUCAAGAGAAUUUACAUUGCUCAAUUUGUGGAUAUUACUUUGGAUCGUAUGACUAUCAGAACCAAAAAAUGAACAUUCGCAUGAAUGAGUCGCAAAAACCGAAAACGGAAUACUUAGAGACAGAACCAUCACCACCACCAGAUGUAACCGAAAAAUUGGAAGGGAAUGAAGUCAAUUGAGCCGUAAUCCUUUUUCAGCUUAACGUGUCGGUAGCGGUUUUAUUAUUCGUAAACAAUUUGCUCAAAAUUAAAAUUCCAAGCUUCC